UUGGAAAUGAUGAGGUUUACAAGCAUUUAGCACGAGAUAUUAUAUUGGAUACAUUUAAAGGAAUUAAUGGUUGUAUUUUGGCGUAUGGACAAACCGGAUCAGGAAAAACGCACAGUGUCAUGGGUAUUCCAGAUGAUCCAGGUAUGUUACCAAGAUCGCUAGCUGAAUUUUUUAAUGGUAUUGAAAAUCCAUCUUCAUUAAACGAAAACAAUAUAAGCAUUGGUGAUGAUGAUAGACACUCCAAUGAGAGUAACAAUAAUAAUGAUAAUAAUAAUGAUAAUAAUACGAAGGAGUUUUUAAUGAGUGUGACUUAUUUGGAAGUAUAUAUGGAACGAGUAAAUGAUUUACUACAAGAAGGCUAUAGAGGUGGAGCUAUGGAAAAUUUAGAUGUUAAGGAAGACCCCAAGAGAGGAUUUGUUGUUAUAGGUAUUCAAGAAGAAACUGUAACUUCUAUAGAUGAAGUUAUGCUUCUAGUAGCAAAAGCAGAACAAAGAAGACAUAUAGCACAAACAAAUUUUAAUGAAACAUCAUCCAGAUCGCACACAAUAUUUACAGUUAUAUUAGAAUCGAAUCAAGUAUUAAAUGAUGGAACCUCUAUUAAUAAAAAAGGAGAAUUAAAAAUUGUAGAUUUGGCUGGUAAUGAAAGAGCAGGAAGAGCCGCUGAAGGGAUAGAAAAUUCCAAAACUCUUAUGGAAGAAGGAAAAGCAAUAAAUAAGAGUUUAUUUGUGUUAAGUGAAGUUAUAUCAAAACUAUCUAAAAGAGCUCAAACUAUAACAACAGGUGAUGAGAAAAAAAUUAAAAGAAUUCAAGAAGAUUUGGUUUUCAUUCCAUGGAGAGAUUCAAAAUUAACACGAAUUUUGAGUAAAAGUUUAGGAGGAAAUUGUCGUGCAUCUGUUAUCGUUGCUGUCCAUCCGUCUCAUUUCUAUUUGGAUACGUCAUUUUCUACACUUCGUUUUGCUUUAAAAUGUAAAACAAUAAAAAAGAAAAUCGAAGUGAAUUAUUUAUCAGCUGAGCAAUCUGUUAUUAUGCAACAGAAAGAAUUAAUAGCAAAGUUACAAAAUCAAUUGAAACAUUUAGCAACAACUAAAAAUGUAGAUAUGCAACUUAGUGGAGGAAGAGAUAAUAAAUAUUCAACAAAUCGGAAACCAGAAGAUGAUGAAAAAAUAUUAGCAUUAAAACAUGAAUUAGAAGAAAAAGUAAAGAAAUUUCAAAAUUUUAUAUUAAAAUCAGAAUUUCAUGUUAAUUCUAGUAAUUAUAGGACUCUUCAUUCAAUUGAUGAACAUACAGAAAAGUCCUUAAAAUAUUCCAUGUCUAUUUCAAAUAAUAUGAAAAAUGAAUAUAAUUGGUUAAGAUCUUUAGAUACUAAUGAAUAUGAUACCAAGUGGGAUGGCUUCGAUAAAUAUGAUGAUCAGAAUGCAAAGGAGAAAUUUAAUAUAUCUAAAGCUAUGGAUUAUUUAAAAAAUAAGUCACCAUAUAAAUUGAAUUCCUCCGAAAUGAGUGAUAUAUUAUCAACUGGUUCUCAGAAGGACGAUUCUAUUUCAUUGAAUUAUUAUAACGAGUUGGAUGAAUUAGAAAAACUGGAAAAAAAUGAAUUAAUGAAAAGAGAAAAAAAAAGGAAAGAAAACAACAAAGAAAAGGAUCGAGAUAGAGAUAAAGAAAAAGAUAAAGAAAAAAUGGAUGCAAAGAGUGUUGUUUCUAAUAAGGUCUAUGAUGAUAUAAGUAAAUUAAAUAUUUUAGAAAGUAAUAAUUUUAAUGAAAAUAAAGAUAAGUUUCAUUUGAAAAGGAAAGAAACUAAGAAGAAACAAAAAAUGCAGAAAAGGAUUAAUAAUAUGAUGGAUUAUAUGACAAAGGGCACUUUGUUAUUUAAGAAAAGUAAAAAGUUGAAGAAUAAAAAUAAAAAAAAAAAAUUAAAAAACAAUAAUAUAAAUUAUGAUAAUAUAAAUGAUGAUAAUAUAAAUGAUGAUAAUAUAAAUGAUGAUAAUAUUAAUGAUGAUAAUAUAAAUGAUGAUAAUAUAAAUGAUGAUAAUAUAAAUGAUGAUAAUAUAAAUGAUGAUAAUAUAAAUGAUGAUAAUAUUAAUGAUGAUAAUAUUAAUGAUGAUAAUAUAAAUGAUGAUAAUAAUAAUAAUAUGGACCAUACCUUUAAUACAAAAAAGAUGAGAAAGAAAAAUAAAAAGAAAAGAGGUCAAAUAAAUAAAAUACAACAAAUUUGUAAAGAUAAAAACUUAUAUGAAACUUCAUCUAUUAUACAGAAUGAAAUUGAAGAAGAUAGAGUGAAAAAUAUUUUAAAAGAAAAAGGUGAAUCUGCAUUUCAAUCUUUUGAUAAUAAUAUAAAUGACACUAAUAAUGGACUUAUCAAAUCCAUUUCCUCUUCUGUAAAAUUUGUUUCUUCAAAAGAAAGAUAUAAUAAUAACCAAAAAAGAAAAUCUAUCAUAUCCAAUUUGAAGGAAAAGAUAGAAGAGGAUUUAAAGAAGAAAAAAAAAAUUAUUAAUAGAAAUGUGGAACUUAAUAAACAAAUAAAGUUUAUAAUGAAGCUUAUGCAAAAGCUUGGACUUAGUCCUAUAUUAACAGGAACAGUUCCACCAGGACGAAAUAUAGAAAAUGUUUUAAAAUUACAGGAAAAUUUAAAAGAUGACUUAAGACUUACAGAAUAUAAUAAAAAAUCAACAAAUAUAUUGGGAAUAAAUAAAAGUAUUUAUAAUGAAAAUAAUAAUGGGAAUGAAAUAGUUGAUGGUUAUGAAACAAAAAAUGAUAAUGUGGAGAAUACAUUACUAAAUAGUACAUUAGAUGAGAAUGAAAAUGACACCGAAUAUAAUGAAACUAUAUCACAUGUGUUUAUAAAUGAAAUGUUUUUUUCGUUUGUAUUAAAAAUACAGCAGAAGUAUAAUAACAACAAGGGUGAUUCAUUAAAUGAUAUAGAAGAAAUAUUAAAGAAUGAAGAAAAUCCAUACGAUAUAUCUAAAAAGGCUCUGGAGGAAAUCUUAGGUUGUUCUAUAGCGAAUAAAGUAAGUGAUAUAGAAGAAAAAAAUUGUAUGAGUAAACAAAUAAAAGAUGAAAAAAAUAAGAAAACAAUUGAUUCGAUUUUAAAUAUGUUAACACCUUGGGAACAAAAAAUAUUGGCCCUUUUAUAUGAACAGCAAAAAAUGAGACAGAAUGUACAGAAAAUUAAGGAGAAGUUUUCACAACGUAUUCAGAAUAUAAAUAUCUUUAUCAAAAAAAUAUUAAUUGACAAAAUUGAGGUUGAAAAGCAUUUGAAUAGAGUAUUAAAAGCAACAGAGAAUUAUAAAGAGGACUUAUUAAAAACUUCUGAUGUAGAUUCGAAUUUCAAAUUUGCUGGAUUAAUGAAAAAGUUAGAGGAAUUAUCCAUAUCUUUGGCUGAAAAAAAUAGAGAUUUUAACGUAUUGGCAGAGUUCCAUUUGAAUCUGAGGAAAACCCUUGAACAUAAGGAUAAUUUAAUUAAGGAGUUGCAGGAGGAAAAUAAAUUAUUUUAUUUAGUUCCUAGGUAUAAUGAACUGUUGCAGCAGUUGGAUGAAACUGAGGAGAUUGUUACUAUUGAAGAUGAGAAAGGAGGGAAUAUUUCGCAUGAGGAAAUAGUAAAUAGGGUUCCUAUGAGUGAUAAUAAUAAUAAUAAAUGUGAUGGUAAUAAUAAAUGUGAUAAUAAUAAUAAAUGUGAUAAUAAUAAUAAAUGUGAUGGUAAUAAUAAAUGUGAUGAUAAUAUAUAUGAUGGUCCUAUUACAAAGAAUAAGUAUGUGAAGAUAGCAACAAAGGAGUUAAAAAAAGAAUUCCUCUUAAUGUAUGGUAGAUUAAUGUUUUCAAGAAAGAAACUACAGGAAAAGGAAGUUAUUGAACAUGAUAUGAGAAAUUUAAAUAAAAAGAUUUACACAGAAUUAGUAGAAUCCAUAUCUGUUAUAAAAAAUUUAGAGUCUCAAAAUAAAUUCUUAGAAUUUAAAUUGAAUAUGGAAAAUAAAAAAAAGUUGGAGAAAAUUAAAAAAGUAGUAAAGGAAAAGGAAAAAUUAAAUAAAUUUAUACACGAAAUAGAAAAAAGGUUACAAAAUGAAAAUAUAAAUUUUGAGGAUCUCAAAAAAGAAAUUCUUCUUAAUAAUAAUAUAUCAGAAAAUAAUUUAGAAAGUCAAGAUGAUGAAAAUGAAAAGAAAGAUUUUAUAGAAAAAUUAGAAAAUGAGGGAAACAAUAAAAACAAAAAAAAAGGAAAAAAAAAUAUUAACAAAAUAAAAAAAAUGAAUAUAAAGAAAAAAAAAGAGGAAAAUGAAGGAAGCAAGAAAACCAAAAAUUAUAUGAAAGAGAAAAGAGUAAACAAAAAUGGAAAUAAUCAAAAUGAAGAUGAUCAUAAUGAUGAGGAAACGAUUGAUGAGGAGAAAGUAAAUAAUAAUGACGAUACUGAAAAUAAUAAAAUAUAUUAUGAUCAAAAUAAUAGUUUCGUUAAGGAACAAAAUUAUAAGAACAAGGAAUAUAAAAUUAAUAAUGACUAUAAAUUUAACAAGGGUUUGAAAAAUAAUGUAUUAAAUCCAAAAAUUCAUUCAAAUCUUAAAAAAAAGAACAAGAUCAAAAUAAAAAAAAAAAAUAUAUCAGAAGAAAAAAUAAAAUUGAACAGAUUAUAUGAAGAUAACCAUAGUGGAUUAUUUGUAGGUAAAACAAACAAAUAUGAAAUAGAUGAAAAAAAAAAAAAAAAAAAAAUUAUAACAAAUAAGAUAGGUACGAAGAAUAUACAACCAGUCGAUGGAUAUAUUGGGAAACAUAUGAUGAGUGAUAAGUAUUUAUCAAGUAAUAGUAUAAUUAACCAAAAAUUAAUGAAAACCAAAAGGAGAAUAAAAAAUAAAAAAUAUAUACAAAGUCUUGAAGUGGAAACAAAGAGUUUUCUCGAUUCCAUAAGGUCUAGAAAUAGUGUCAUGAAGAAGAAGAGCAAUAACAACAAGAACAAGAAAAAAGAAAAAAAAAAAAAAAAAAUAUCACAUAAAGGAAAGACAAAGAGUAAUGUAGAAAAAAAUGAACCAUAUGAAGAAAAUCAGCAUAAAGGAAAUAAUAAUGAAGAAGAAAAGGAAAAAGAAAUAUGGGAAGAUCAAAAAUAUAAUUCUUCCUCAACUGAUUUUGAAAAUAAUGAAGUUCGUCAAAUGUUAGAUGUGGAAAUUGAAAAAAAAAAAAGUAAUCAAAUGUUACAUUAA